UAUUAUACUUUCAUCCGCCUUAUAUACUCCUAGAAAAUCCCCGAUUUCCCUCGCUCUGAAUUCGAAACCCUAGCUUUUGAUCAUCAAAUCAAUCAAAUAAUCACCAUGAUUCCGUUGGCGCAAAGAUUAUCAACUGAAAUUCGGCUGUUGCUCGAGAGCUUGAACGAAUCCAAUCACGACUCCGUUAUUAGCGAACUUUCUCAGUAUGUUGAUUACGGAGUAGAGGGAAACAUUCUGCUUCUAGAGACAUGCUUGGACCACUUUAACGUUUAUGAAAAGGACUUGACAAGUACUCAUCUGGAACCUGUAGUUGCUUCACUUUUUAGAAAAUUGUUGGAAAAGCCACAGUUUAGUACUGUAUUCUCAACGUCAGUAAGGUCAUCAGCAAUCACCGAAGAAUUUCUAGAUAAAUUAUCUGCUGCUCUACAGUUAACGACAAAUGAGAAACUUGGAUUUGGUCUUGCUUUGACAGAUUCCGAAAAUAAUGACAUCAGAACGGCUGGAAGAAACUUCUGUAUGAGGCGGAUUGAGGAAAUUUGUGCUACUCAUGCCUCUCUGCAAACCGCUGACUAUGUUCAGGAUGCAUUGCUGUUUCUUAACAAAUCCGAAGCCCUUUCUAAACAUGUGGAUUCAUUUAUGCAGUUGUUAUCUUUGACUCAGUUUGAUAAGGAUUCGGGGCUUAUCUUAGCUCCUCUUCUUUCAGAUGAAUUCCACAACUCCAAAUUAUUGAGGUAUAUGGAUUUUCUCAAUGAGGGAAAUGAGAACGAAUUUGACAAUAUUCUAGCAGAAAUGGAGAGGGAGAUGAACAUGGCUGACUUGUUGAAAGAAUUGGGCUAUAAGUGCACAUCAGAUGUAUCACUUUGCAAAGAUGUGUUAUCGUCAUUCUCACCUCUAACUGAAACAACUGUCGCUAGGAUACUUGGGACCAUUAUCAGAUCCGAUGCUGGUCUUCCGGACCACGAAAACGCUUUUUCUACAUUUUUUUCCGCUAUUGGUAGAGGGACUCUGUCUGAUAUGCCCUCGUUGAACUCUUGGAACACUGAUGUCCUUAUAGAAUCAAUUAAGCAACUCGCUCCUGGAAUCAGCUGGAUCGCUGUAAUUGAGAACCUUGAUCAUGAGGGUUUCUAUGUCCCAGAUGAGGCGGCAUUUUUGCUACUGAUUUCUUGUUACAAACGUGCUUCCCAGGAUCCCUUUCCACUGGCUGCUGUUUGUGGCAAUGUUUGGAAAAACACUGAGGGCCAGCUGUCCUUUCUGAAGCAUGCUGUUUCUGUGCCACCUGAAGUGUUCACGUUUGCACACUGCAAAAGACAAUUGGCAAAUGUUGAUGCAGUCCAUAGUCAUAAGUAUCAAUCUGGGCAUGCAAAUCAUGCGUGGUUAUGCCUUGACCUGUUGGAGGUGUUGUGCCAGCUAGCUGAGAGAGGCCUUGCAAAGCCUGUUCGAUCACUGCUUGAAUAUCCUCUUAAGCAUUGUCCCGAAGUGUUGCUAUUCGGGAUGGCACAUGUUAAUACAUCAUAUAAUUUCCUUCAACUCGAAGUUUCUUUGGCUGUUGUUCCUGUGAUACUUAAAGAUGCUUCCGCCAGUGGCAUUCUGCUACAUCUUUGGCAUGUUAACCCUACCUUUUUACUAAGAGCUUUAAGUGAUGCACUCAACACAGAUUCAGAUAAUAUUACCAGGGUCUUGGAUUUAUGCCAAGAGUUAAAGAUUGUAUCUCCUGUAUUGGAAAUGGUACCUAUGUCGCUAGGUAUUAGGCUUGCUCCCCUGGCUUCUCGAAAAGAACUCAUAGAUCUGGAGAAAUGGCUGAUUUCAAAUCUAACUACUUACAGAGAUACUUUCUUUGAGGAGUGCGUCCGAUUCCUGAAGGAGGUGGACUUUGCUGCUCGGGAAUCUUCAAAUCGUUUGCGUAGUCCAGGAAACAUCUGGAGUCUUUAUAUGGAGACAGCCCCUGUGUUUUUAAAGGUUCUUCAAGCACAUGCAAACUUGCUCUCCUCUAACCAACUUUCUAAGGAAAUGGAAACUUUGCAUUUGAACGUUACAAACAACAGUUCAAGGAUGAGGAACGAUGGUGGUCCUGAUUCAUCAACAACUGAAGUAUAUGCGGAUGAUAUAGAGACAGAGGUCAACGCUUAUUUCCAGCAAAUGUUCUCUGCCCAAUUGACUGUAGAUGCAAUGAUUCAAAUGCUAGCUCGAUUCAAGGAAUCUUCUGAGAGAAGGGAACAAUCCAUAUUUGAGUGCAUGAUUGCGAAUCUGUUUGAAGAGUACAAGUUCUUCAACAGAUACCCUGACACACAACUUAAACUCGCAGCGGUUCUCUUUGGGUUGCUUAUUAAGAAUCAACUUGUGACCCAUCUGACACUUGGCAUUGCCUUACGAGCUGUUUUAGAUGCGUUGCGUAAACCUGCAGAUUCCAAAAUGUUUGUAUUUGGUACAAAAGCAUUGGAGAAUUUUGUAGAUCGGUUGAUCGAAUGGCCACAGUACUGCCAACAUAUCUUGCAAAUAUCACAUCUACGUGGCGCUCAACCUGAGCUUGUUGCUUUCAUUGAAAGGGCACUUGCUAGAAAUUCAUCGGGCCAUCCGGAAUCAGAUGCUGACCAACACCAUAAUUCUAUUUCGCAACCAAACACUGAGGUGGCGGGUUCAUCUUUUCCGUUGAUUGGAUCUGGUAGUUCACAUCUUGUUUCUCAGAUAGCUUCUCCAAUUCAGCUUCAGCAAAGGAACCAAAGUUAUUUAGAUGAAAGACACAGGUCCUCUGUAACUUCCUCUAACUAUGUGAAGCCAAUCUUAAAUACGACAGGACAAGUUUCAGUUGCUCUAGCAAACGAACCUGUAAACAUCCCCAAGGUAACCGCUGCUCUUGCAAACGAACCUGCUAACGUGCCUAAGCCACAGAGUGUAGUUAGUUCUUCAGCAGCGUUGGGUUCAUCUCCUGCUUUUGCUCGUGCUUCUCGAGCCGUUACUUCAGCAAAGUUUGGUUCUCUAAAUAUUGAAACACUUGUUGCUGCUGCUGAACGUAGAGAAACUCCCAUAGAGGCACCGCCAUCAGAAACUCAGGAUAAGAUUUCUUUUAUUAUCAACAAUUUAUCGAUUGCCAACAUUGAAGCUAAAGCAAAGGAAUUCACCGAAAUUUUGAAAGAACCGUACUAUGCGUGGUUUGCUGAGUACAUGGUCAUGAAAAGAGCGAGUAUCGAACCAAAUUUUCAUGACUUGUACUUGAAGUUCCUGGAUAAAGUAAGCUCGAAACCUCUUAUCAGAGAGAUUGUUCAAGCCACCUAUGAGAAUUGCAAGGUUCUUCUAGGAUCUGAACUUAUAAAGUCCAGUUCAGAAGAACGUUCUUUGCUGAAGAAUCUUGGAGGUUGGCUCGGAAGGAUCACAAUCGGUAGAAACCAUGUUUUGCUUGCUAGAGAGAUUGACCCAAAGCCUUUAAUUAUUGAGGCAUAUGUAAAGGGUUUAAUGAUUGCUGUGAUUCCGUUUACUUCUAAGAUAUUGGAGUCAUGUUCGAACAGUCUAGCAUAUCAACCGCCAAAUCCUUGGACCAUGGGAGUUCUAGGGUUACUUGCCGAAAUAUACGCAAUGCCAAAUCUCAAAAUGAAUCUCAAGUUUGAAAUUGAGGUGUUGUUCAAGAAUCUUAAUGUGGAUUUGAAGGAAGUAACCCCGUCAUGGCUUCUUAUCGACAAAGUGAGAGAAGUCGAAGGCAAUCCUGAUUUUUCUAACAAAGAUAUUGGGCCGGCCCAGCAACCAUUGGUUGGGGAAGUUAAAUCUAGUAAAAUAUCUAAUCUAAAUCAAGUCGAAUUACCAGUUGAAAUUGGUAGCUCAUCUCAUUCGGGUGGUCAUCCACGAAUAUUACCUCAGUAUGCUGCUUCGCAUCAUUUUCCUGCGGUUACUUUAAGCGAGGAAGAGAAAAUGGCAGCUUUAAGCUUGUCUGAUAAGCUUCCAUCUGCUCAAGGACUUCUACAAGCACAAUUGCCGUUUUCAGUUGGUCAGCUACCGUCAUCAAGUAUGGAUCAACAAGUGAUCGUCAAUCCUAAGUUGCAAGCUCUGGGCCUGCAUAUGCACUUUCAGAGAGUGCUUGGAAUUUCAAUGGAACUGGCUAUCAAAGAAAUAGUUUCUAGUAUUGUUCAGCGCAGUGUUUCAAUAGCAACUCAAACAACAAAAGAACUUGUGUUAAAGGACUAUGCUAUGGAGUCGGAUGAAAGCCGUAUACACAGUGCCGCUCACUUGAUGGUUGCAAGUUUGGCGGGAAGUCUAGCUCAUGUCACGUGCAAGGAACCUCUUCGUGGUUCAAUAUCAAGUCAGCUAAGAAACAGUCUUCAGGCUCUGAGUGGGAGUAUUUCAAGUGAACUACUUGAACACGCGGUUCAGCUUGUUACAAAUGACAAUCUUGAUUUGGGCUGUGCUUUUAUCGAACAGGCUGCAACCGAAAAGGCUGUACAAACAAUAGAUAGCGAACUUGCUCCUCAACUUUCGAUAAGAAGGAAGCACAGAGAAGGGGUUGGGUCCGCUUAUUUUGAUAACAGUCUGUAUACACAAGGUUACGUAGGCGUCCUACCUGAAGCCCUCCGUCCGAAACCUGGCCGAUUAUCUCAUUCUCAACAGCGAGUUUAUGAGGAUUUUGUUCGCUUACCAUGGCAAAAUCAAUCCAACCAAAACUCGAACUCCGUACCUCUUGGUCCUUCACCUUCACCAGCAAGUGGUGCUCUACACCGGGGUUACGGUUCCAGCACAGGUUCAGUAUCGGUUUCGGUUUCAGGUCAACUGAACCCUGGAAUUUUCUCAUCUGGUAUCAAUGCUGUAGCACACGAGGAUAUGGAGCCUAGCUCAGUAAAACUUCUCAGUGGUUCUUCGGUUCAUAGCACGACGGGCAGCGGUAUGGGUGCUCACAACUUUGAGGCUGUUCCGUCUUCGUUUUCUUCGGCACCAGCUCCUGAACUGCACGUUCCAGAAUCUUCCAGUGUUCCCAAAGAACUGGGAGUGCAUGCCCAAUCUUUGUCUUCAACUUCGGAUCGCAUUAUAAAUACCACUGCAGAACUUUCAUUGACUACCAAAGAUGCAGUGGAUAAAUACCAAUUUAUCUCAGAGGAGCUGGAAUCUCUGAUAGCGAAGGAUGCUAACGAAGCUGAAAUUCAGUCUGUUAUUGGCGAGGUUCCUGGGGUGAUUCUCAGAUGCAUUAGUCGGGAUGAGGCUGCGUUGGCUGUAGCUCAGAAGGUCUUCCAAGGUUUAUAUGAAAAUGCAGCAAACAGCGCUCACGUUAAUGCUCAUAUUACCAUGUUAACCGCCAUUCGUGAUGUCAGCAAGCUUGUGUUCAAUCAACUCACGAGCUGGGUAAUAUAUUCCGAUGAAGAUAGAAAGUUUAACAAAGAUAUUACUAUCGGCUUAAUUCACAGAGAGUUGUUGAACCUUGCUGAGUAUAAUAUUCAUUUGGCUAAGCUUCUUGAUGCCGGAAAGAACAAGGUGGCAACAGAAUUUGCAAUAUCGCUCAUUCAAACACUGGUGGUUAGUGACGCCAGAGUAAUAUCUGAACUUCAGACUGUUGUUGAUGUGUUGGCUAAGCUUGCAACAAGGCCUGAUGCUCCUGAGGCACUUCAACAGCUUGUUGAAAUUGCCAGGAACCCAGCAGCUGGACAACAAAAAGACCAAAAGGUAUCGACUCUUCUUGUAUCAAGUAGGGAUGAUACCGGUGUUGUGGAAUCUUCUGAACCAGAUCCUGCUGCUUUUCAAGAGCAGGUUUCUCUGCUGUUUGCUGAAUGGUACCGGAUAUACGAACUUCCUGGUGUAAAUGAUCAAUUGUCUGCUCGUUUCGUUCUCCAACUGCAGCAAAAUGGCCUUUUGAAAGCCGAUGAUACAUCCGACCGUUUUUUUCACCGUCUUCUUGAUAUUGCUGUAUCACAUUGUAUAUCUUCUGAGAGCGCUGUUCAAUCUCAUCAGCAAGCGCAAACAUUAUCUUUUCUAGCCAUUGAUAUGUAUGCAUCACUUGUCUUUACAAUACUGAAGUUCUCUACUGACCAUGGAUUAAGCAAGCUGCAACUUUUCUCGAAGGUGUUAGCGGUGACUGUGAGAUUCAUUCAAAAGGAUGCUGAGGAUAAGAAAACAUCAUUCAACCCUAGGCCGUAUUUUAGGUUAUUUAUUGAUUGGCUACUUGACCUUAGUACUCUUGAUUCAGUCUUUGAGGGUGCAAACUUUCAGGUUUUGACAGCUCUAGCAACUUCCUUUCAUGUGCUACAGCCUUUGAAAGUUCCUGCAUUUUGCUUUGUAUGGCUUGAGCUAGUAAGUCACAGAAGUUUCAUGCCGAAAUUACUGAGCGGGAAUGGUCAGAAGGGGUGGCCGUAUUUCCAACGUUUACUGGUAGACUUGUUCCAGUUUAUGGAGCCGUUUUUGAGGAAUGCUGAACUUGCCGAAACGAUUCGUUUUCUGUACAAAGGCACACUAAGAGUGCUUUUAGUGUUGCUUCAUGAUUUUCCGGAGUUCCUUUGUGAUUAUCAUUUCAGUUUCUGUGAUAUCAUUCCUCCAAGCUGCAUUCAGAUGAGAAAUAUCGUACUUAGUGCGUUUCCACGCAACAUGAGGCUACCCGACCCUUCCACCCCCAACUUGAAGAUUGACCUGCUGGCUGAGAUUAAUCAAUCGCCACGCAUUCUGUCAGAAGUUGAUGCAGCUUUGAAAGCCAAGCAAAUGAAAAGUGACUUGGACGAGUAUCUCAAGACGAGGCCACAAGGGACUUCGUUUCUUUCAGAAUUAAAGCAAAAACUGCUUCUUUCGCCAAGUGAAGCUGCAAGGGCCGGAACACGAUAUAACGUGCCUUUGAUGAACUCCCUUGUUCUUUAUGUUGGAAUACAGGCGAUCCAGCAGCUACAGGCGAGAACACCACAUGGACAGUCGAUGGCCAGUAAUGCAUCACUAGCUAUCUUUAUGGUGGGCGACAUAUUCCAAACGUUGAUACUAGAGCUAGAGACUGAAGGGCGUUACCUCUUUUUGAACGCGAUUGCUAACCAAUUGCGUUAUCCCAACAACCACACACAUUACUUCUCAUUUAUCCUUCUUUACUUGUUUUCCGAGUCUAACCAGGAGGCUAUUCAGGAACAGAUCACUAGAGUUUUAUUAGAACGGUUGAUUGUUAACCGGCCACACCCUUGGGGGCUUCUGAUUACUUUCAUUGAGCUUAUCAAGAAUCCCCGUUACAACUUCUGGAGCCGAUCUUUCACAAGGUGUGCUCCUGAGAUUGAGAAACUCUUUGAAUCAGUGUCAAGAUCGUGUGGAGGUCCUAAGCCCGUAGAUGACGGUGUGGUUGCUGGAGGAAUAUCUGAUGCCAUGCACUAGCACUAGGAUUUUUUUUUGUUGCUUUAGGUUUCAAGACGUGACAUCUAAACCACCCGUUUGAAUGUUAGUUUUUGUUCCUCACUAUGACAUUUUCAAGUUUUGGAUACAUGCAAACCUAAUGCCAAGAAAAUGUCAAAAACAAGUUUAUUAGUA